AUGGGUUUGAGUUUUGCCAAGCUUUUUAGCCGGCUUUUUGCCAAGAAGGAGAUGCGGAUUCUGAUGGUUGGUCUCGAUGCUGCUGGUAAGACCACUAUAUUGUACAAGCUCAAGCUCGGAGAGAUCGUCACCACUAUCCCCACUAUUGGUUUUAAUGUGGAAACUGUGGAAUACAAGAACAUCAGUUUCACAGUGUGGGAUGUUGGGGGUCAGGACAAGAUCCGUCCCUUGUGGAGACACUACUUCCAGAACACUCAGGGACUUAUCUUUGUCGUGGACAGUAACGAUAGGGAUAGAGUUGUUGAGGCUAGAGAUGAACUCCACAGGAUGCUGAAUGAGGACGAGCUGCGUGAUGCUGUGUUGCUUGUGUUUGCCAACAAACAGGAUCUUCCAAAUGCAAUGAAUGCUGCUGAAAUCACAGACAAGCUUGGCCUUCACUCCCUGCGUCAGCGUCACUGGUACAUUCAGAGCACCUGCGCGACUUCAGGCGAAGGGCUGUACGAAGGUCUGGACUGGCUGUCCAACAACAUCGCCGGAAAGGCAUGA